UCCCUCUCAUGGUAGCUAGUGCCCAGAGUGGUGAAAGAGAAUGCCAUAUAGUGGUGCUUACAGAUGAUGAUGUGGUUGAUUGGGAUGAAGAGUAUCCACCACAGAUGGGAGAAGAAUAUUCACAAAUUAUUUAUAGCACAAAAUUAUAUAGAUUUUUCAAGUAUAUUGAAAACAGAGAUGUGGCCAAAUCAGUGUUGAAGGAGAGGGGUCUUAAGAAGAUUAGAUUGGGAAUAGAAGGUUACCCUACCUACAAAGAAAAAGUAAAGAAAAGGCCUGGAGGUCGCCCAGAAGUGAUUUACAACUAUGUCCAAAGACCCUUUAUCCGAAUGUCAUGGGAGAAGGAAGAAGGAAAGAGUCGGCAUGUAGACUUUCAGUGUGUGAAGAGCAAAUCGAUCACUAACCUUGCAGCAGCUGCUGCAGACAUUCCCCAGGACCAGCUGGUAGUCAUGCACCCAACUCCCCAAGUGGAUGAGCUGGAUAUUCUCCCUAUGCAUCCCCCGUCUGGCAGCAAUGACCUCGAUCCUGAGGCACAGAAUCCAAUGCUGUGAUGCUGAUGUUCCAUGAAACCAUAGCAUGCUACUCUUCACAGUGACGUUGUACUCUCCUCAUUCUGCACUGCAGGGCCACUCUUCAUUGUAAGAUGCACAUAACGUCUAGCAUAUUGCAAUGUAGGCUUUUUCAAAGACCAAAGGUAGCUGAAUGGUUUUCUUAAGUGAGUACAACUCUAGCAUCUUGAGGUUCCAGUUACAUAAAUGUUUUGUUUACCAGUAGGUUUGUGAAAUUGGUUCUUUGUAUGGGGACAGUCCUUUUUCACACAUCUAGGUCUUUUCAGAAGUGGUCAAAAUUGGCAGCUGGGGUACUUUCAGUCUUUUCAGAUUGGUAUUUGUUAUACCCCAGAUAAAAUGCAGAUUAUUAUAUAGUUGCACUUUAUAAAUGGUGGUCAAAUGGAACUGUUCAAGCCAUUUUCUAGUUGUGAUGCACAAUAUAACUUAAAUAAGUGCUUCUAUCAAAGUAUUCCUUCAGUAAGAUGUGUAUAGUUUGCUGCCCAUGAUGAGCAAAAAAUGAGUAUUUAUCUUGGGCUUAUUUGGGUGAUUAGGAUGAGUCAGUGCCCACGUUUUACCUGUUCACUUUUCUCCAGUGCCAUUUCACCCUCUCAGUGAGUCACGUGCAAGGAGUGAACAGCAGAGGUGGUUUAUGAUCCAGUUUGCCUUACCCUUAAUCUGUUCACAGAUAUUUAUUUACUAAUACUUUUGAGAGUUUGGGAUAGGAAAAUGAAGUGUUUGCUCUUCAUUUAC